GCGUGUGUGAGUUGAUAGGAAAGCAUUUCCAAGAUGAGAUGACAAUAAAAGCAGUAAUAAUAACAAUUAUCAUUAUCUACCAUACUUACUGUCCAAUCGUUACCUUUCUUCACAGCCAGCUUUUAGUCGGUAAUUUGGCAAACGUCCGAAAACAGCGUGUUUGGCUCCGUUGCCGAGUAUCUAUCCAUUCGCAUGUUUUAAUGAACGUCGUGUGUUCAGGUGUAUCAUUCUGCGUCUACGCAUGCCACUCGUUUUACCGCGAUUACGUUCUUAUCGCGUGUGUCACCCAGAAAAUUUGGUAGACUCGAGAGUGUCGCGAGAUUAAUUAAGCCCGGCCGGUCGCGGGUUCUAAUCCUCCAACAUUCAGAUCCGAAUUCAGAUAGAUUGGCGAAGAUAAAGAUAGAAGCAGUGGCUUAGAGUUUCGUUUCAGUGGAUAUGGCAUGUAUCAGAAAGUUCUUCCUGAAGGAUCAUGGGUCAUGGACGCCUGCCUCGAUCGAGCCGGGAUUAUCUAAUGAAAGGGCGAGACGGUAUACGGUGAUCGACUUCGAAAAUGUGAGACCUAAAUUUGCAGAUUCUAGCACCAACGGCAACAUCAAGACACUAAAAUUUGCUGAGGAAACACCCACAUUUUCAUCAAACGCAAAACCUAAGCUCAGAAAUAAAUCACCAACACCACACAACCAAAACACGACUCAUGUUAAACGUCCUGCACCCAAACAUCCCAAAGAUGAUCCGCGUAACAUCUCAGAAAUCAAUAAGAACACAAAUAAUAAUGAAACCUCAACUGACAUAACACCCAUAACUAAACAACCCCAUGAAAGAUCCCCGAGGCCAUCUCAUUCGGUUACAAUCGAGCGUAAAAGUAUCCUCCUUCACAUACAGACGCCGACAUAUUUAGACGAACUAAAAGAAAAGCAAAAUGUCCUUCGGGAAAAAAAGCGAUCCAAAGCUGAAUUGGCUAGUCGCGACCAUAAAUAUGCCGGAAAUUACGAAGAGUUGAAAUUCGGAAUUGGCAGCGGAGGCAACAAGAGUGUUGUAACGGGUGGUGGCUCAAAAGGGACCGGGAAGGGUCAGAAAAGCUCUUCGUCGUCAAAGUCCUACCACAAGCAAUCCCUGAAUGAAGCCGGCGUGGCUAAAGUCAGCAAAGUGAAGCAAUUGGAUAGAGACUCUGGAGUGCACGUGGGGGAAAAUGGUCUCAACAACAACAAUAAUAAUGACGAUGCAGAAACAGAAAGAACCAGCAGCACUCGAGAAUCUACAGAUUUGAUUCCGCCAUCUCGCGUUCAAGGACGACGCAAAGAAGGACUCAUAUUUACUCGACCGAAAAUCUCAAAGGAACGAGAGAAGAUUAUUAAAGUAUUCGAGAAGGACGAAAAAACGCGAAAUCUUUUAAGAAGCGCCAUCGAAGCAAAUGAAUUUCUCAACAACUACAUGAACAACGAGUGUAAGGAAUUAGUUAUAGACGCUAUGGAGCCAGCCGUCUAUGAAAAGGAUAGUUUCAUAAUUCGCGAAAAUGAAGAAGGAUCUGAGAUUUACGUAUCGGAUGAGGGAGUGUUCGACGUCAUUAAAAAUAACGAAAUCAUUAACACAUUCGGGGCGGGUAAUGUUUUCGGCGAACUUGCAAUUUUAUACACCGCAAAGAGAGCUGCAUCUAUAAAAGCUUCUUCCCAGGCGAAAGUGUGGAAGAUCGAGCGUACCAAAUUUCGCACAAUUAUGGUCAAUUUGGGUAGCAGAGAACGAGAGGAGAAUUUGAAUUUUUUAAGGUCGGUCCCGCUCCUCAAAGACCUUCCAGAAGAGAUUUUACUGCGCGUCGUGGAUCUACUGAAGCGGGUGUUCUUCCCGACAAACACGUGCAUUGUGCGGCAGGGAAACGUGGGAAAUGAUUUCUUCAUAAUUCGAGGAGGUAGCGUGACAAUCAAGAAAAACGUGGAAGGUGGAGGCGAGAGGGUCGUUGGUAGACGGAAACGUGGAGAGUACUUUGGUGAACAGGCGUUGUUGAACGAGGACCGAAGGAUGGCUAGCGUCUAUGCAGAUGCACCAGGAGCAGAAUGCUUGAAGCUGGAUCGAGUCUCCUUCAUAAGCUAUCUGGGAACGAUACCUGAACUUAAGGAAAGACCGAUUGACCGACACGUACCCAGUGAGGAGCGACGGGCAUCAAAUAUCUCUAACAUUUACAGCCACAUACAAUUACACGAACUGGAAAGAGUUGCAGUCCUGGGAGUAGGAGGUUUCGGUCGAGUGGACCUAGUUAGUUACAAAGGAACCCAAACAUUCGCCUUAAAAGUAUUACGUAAAAUCGAUAUCAUCAAACAGGAGCAAAUCGAUCACGUCUACAGCGAGAAGAUGGUCAUGCAAAUGUGUCACAGCCCAUUCAUCGUCGAACUAUAUACUACGUUCCGCGAUAAUAAAUGCGUCUACUUCCUAAUGGAAGCAUGUCUAGGCGGGGAUGUGUGGACCAUAAUGCAUCAACGUCAAUAUUUCGACGAGCGAACAGCUAAAUUCAUAGUAGCAUGUGUUGUGGAAGCCUUUGAGUUCCUGCACGAAAGGAACAUCAUCUACCGCGAUUUGAAGCCGGAAAACCUAAUGCUCACACCAGAUGGAUAUUGUAAGUUGGUUGACUUUGGCUUUGCCAAACGUAUCGCGCCGAAUGGGAAGACCAACACUUUCGCUGGAACUCCUGUCUACGUAGCUCCAGAAAUCAUACUCGAUCGAGGACACGAUCGGGCAGUUGAUUACUGGGAAUUAGGAAUUCUAAUUCAUGAAUUACUCACAGGACGACCACCAUUCCGUGGACGAGAUGAGAUGAAGAUCUAUCAGCAGAUUUUAGGUGGAAUUGAGGUUGUCAAAAUGUCCGCUAAGAUACCAAAGCCUGCACAGAAUCUAAUAAAGAAUUUGUGUAAGCAAAUGCCGGCUGAAAGAUUGGGAUAUCAGAAGCGGGGGAUUAUGGAUAUAAAAAGGCAUAGCUGGUUUGACGGUUUUGACUGGCAUAAGCUGCAAAAUAAAACGAUGCCUGCUCCCAUAAAGCGGCCGAUUCGGAAUAACACCGACUUACGAUACUUUACGCCAAAUGACGAAGCCUUGGAUUCUCCACCAGACGAGCUGUCAGGGUGGGACAAGGAUUUUUAAGCUAACUAAAUCCAACUUCUCAGUUUUCUUUUCAUUUUUUU